AUGGAUAACAACGACGAGGCUAAAAAUCGCAAACAUCAAUUUUGGCAAACUCAACCCGUUCCAGGACUUGGGAUCAAAGUUGAAGAAAAUACUUUUAUUGAGGCUCCUCUUGAAGUAGAAAAAAUUAGAAAAGAGCCAUAUUCAUUGCCAGAACCAUUUUCAUGGUCGGAAGUUGAUUUGUUAUCAAAUGAUCAAUUAGACGAAUUAUAUACACUUCUUAAUGAAAAUUAUGUUGAGGAUGAUGAAAAUAUGUUUCGUUUUGAUUAUGGACGUGAUUUUUUAAAAUGGGCUUUGACGCCUUCAGGUUGGAAAAAUUAUUGGCACUGUGGUGUUCGUGCUGCUGGUUCUAAAUUGUUGGCUUUUAUUGCUGCAAUUCCUGCUCUUAUAAGAAUUUAUGAUAAAACAAUUCAAAUGGUUGAAAUUAAUUUUUUAUGUGUGCAUAAAAAGUUGCGUUCGAAAAGAUUGGCACCUGUGUUAAUCAGGGAAAUCACACGAAGAGUUAACUUAAGUGGUAUAUUUCAAGCUACUUUUACUGCAGGAAUUAUUAUUCCAAAACCGGUUGGUUCAUGCAGGUUUGUUCAAAAUAUUAUUUUGAUUAUUAAAUUCUCUAAAAAUAUUCUUAGGUAUUGGCAUAGAUCUUUAAACCCAAAAAAAUUGAUCGAGACAAAAUUUUCGCAUCUUGGGAAGAAUAUGACGCUUCAUCGUACUAUUAAACUUUAUCGACUUCCAGAGAACACACAUUAUCCGCUCAAACCCUUAGCUAAAGAGUAUAUACAAAGCGCUUUCGAUUUGCUCACAAACUAUUUGACGAAAUUUGAUAUUUGUCCAAUUUUCAGUCUGGAGGAGUUUGAACAUUUUUUCAUGCCGAGGGAAGACGUAAUUUAUUCUUAUGUGAUCGAGAACAAUGGUCAAGUAACGGAUUUCAUUAGCUUUUAUUGUCUUCCCUCUACAAUUGUUCACAACCCAAUACACAAGGAAAUUAGGGCCGCCUAUUCUUUUUACAAUGUCGCUGGAUCUGUUCCGCUAAAUAAACUGAUAAAUGAUGCUCUCAUAAUUGCCAAAAAUAUGGGAUUUGAUGUUUAUAAUGCUCUUGAUUUGAUGGAGAAUCAAAGUUUUCUUGAAGAAUUGAAAUUUGGAAUUGGUGAUGGUAAUUUGCAAUACUACUUAUACAAUUGGAAAUGCCCAGAUAUUGCACCUGCGCGAAUAGUAAGCUCUAAAAAUUUAUAA